UCCAAUUAUCGCGGUCAAAAGUGGGUAGGUUCACGGCUAGUUUCAAAUGUAGCAUUUAAGUAAAAGGACGCUGGGUUCAUCGGGAAUCUAAAAAAAAACAACUACUGUUUAGAAGAACAGUAGCUUACAAUCUUGUUUCGCUAGCUAACUGCCAUUAGCUACAGAGGAAAGCUGAAACAAUCUAUCCGAUCAUUCUUAUAAGAUGUUGCAGAGUAGGAGCAUCUACCACUACUUAUUAUUGGCGAGCCAGCUAAUAUGUUCAUCCGCAGUACCCCUAAGCUUGGACAAAACUGAAAUGAAGCCCCCCGAAGACAAACCUUCAGAGUCUCCACAGAACGUGCAGGACACAGGGUUGCACUAUGACCGUUACCUCAGGGAGGUGAUUGACUUUCUGGAAAAAGACGAACAUUUCAGAGAAAAGCUUCACAACACAGACAUAGAGGACAUCAAGCAAGGGAAGUUGGCCAAGGAGCUGGACUUUGUCAGCCACCAUGUGAGGACCAAACUGGAUGAGCUAAAGAGGCAGGAAGUUAGCCGUUUGAGAGUAUUAAUCCGAGCCAAACAAGAAAUUGAAGGAGCAAAUGGCAAGGCAGUGGAUCACCAGACUCUGCUGAGACAGUUCCAGUACUUAAACCACAGGAACCCACACACCUUUGAGGUGGAGGACCUGGACCGGCUCAUUACAUCUGCAACGAGUGAUCUGGAGAACUUCGACCGGGACCGGCACGAGGAGUUCAAGCGCUACGAGAUGAUGAAGGAGCACGAGCGGAGGGAGAUGCUGAAGACGCUGGAUGAGGAGAGGAGGAGGAAGGAGCAGGAAGUCUACGAGGAGAUGAAGAAGAAACAUGCCGACCACCCUAAAAUCAACCACCCAGGCAGCCAGGACCAACUGAAGGAGGUCUGGGAGGAGGCUGAUGGCCUGGACCCUGCAGAUUUUGACCCAAAGACCUUUUUCAGUCUGCAUGACACAAAUGGAGAUGGCUUCUUUGAUGAACAGGAGCUGGAGGCACUGUUCACCAAGGAGCUUGAUAAGAUCUACGACCCCACCAAUGCGGAAGACGACAUGGUGGAGAUGGAGGAGGAGAGACUGCGCAUGAGGGAGCACGUCAUGAACGAGGUUGACACAAACAAUGAUCGGCUGGUCUCCAGAGAAGAGUUCAUGGUUGCUACAAAAAAGAAGGAAUUUCUUGAGGCGGACAGUUGGGAGACACUGGAACAGAACCAGGUCUUCAACGAGGAAGAGCUGAGGGAGUUUGAGGAGCACCUGGCCAAAGAAGAGCAGGAUCUGCGGCUGAGAAGCCUGGAUCUGCAGAAACAGCAGGAGGAGCUGGAGAGACAGCAGCAGCAGCUGAAUGCUCAGAAACUGGAACUCCAGCAAGCCGCUGAGAAAAUGGCAAGUUUAAAACUUGAAAAUGCAGAACGUCCUGCACAGGAUAAAGACGGAGAGGCUGCUACUCAAGCCCCACCUGCAAGCCCCCAGCUUCUGAUCCAGGGCGUCCAGCCAGACAUGCCCGGACACUUAUAACCUGCCCUGUGUUUGUGUGUGUGUGUGUGUGCCUGUGUGAGAGAGAGCUUUUGUAUGUAUGACUUUCGUAUAUGCAUUUAUAUCUGUGUUCUGUACAGUUUGGACAGGGUGUGCGCUUACACAAAUUUAUAAACUGUGUGGAUUUACAGAUUGUCCUGUGUUCAUCCACCAAAACUCUUACCUUUACAGAAAAGAUGCAUCUCAACACAGAUUAUAAAAUAAAUGUGAAUUGAAUGCAUCAUCAUUAUUCAGUGUUAUUGGUGACUUUCAAUGCACUGUCACCAUGAAUAUAAUCAUAUCUAAAUCUACUGUAAAUGGGCCAAAUGUUUGUAUUUCAGACUGCUUUAAAGAGCAAGGCAGAAGUCCAUUGAUGGAAUUUGAAUGUGGAUAUUGAGACGCUAGAACUGAAUGUGACAUUUUUGGUCUGCUGCAUUGUUGAUUUUUGAUUAACAAAUUCAAAAACCAUUCAAAACAAAGAAUACUUAAUAUGCAUUCCUUGUGAAGAUGGUUGUACUGUGAAAGUCUUCCCAUAUUAAAACUCAGCAGAGUGCGCAUCCAGUUUGAAACCAGAAUUUACAAAUCUAAAAUGAACCUGCAAAUGCACGGCAAGACCAAUACAUUUAACCUAACAUACCAGGUUAAUUAAAGGAACUAGGAAAGUAUUAAUGAACAAUAAUACCUGCAGUUUGCCAGCCCCUUUCGGAUGAACAAAACCCAGGGGUCUGAACAGAAUUCCUAUGUGUAUGAACACAAUGGGCAUAUUCGCUACCUCUUUCAAUCUGCCUUGUUCCUCUGAGUUUUAAUCUGUUGCACUGUUGGGAAUAGAUGCCAUCAGCUGAAUGUGAAUGUCUCCUCACAGCUGAAUGCACCAUACUGAAAAUGGCCACUACAGCUUGUACCACAGGCAGUUUUGUAUUGUUUUCUCAUGUUUGAUUUACAAAAAAAUAAAUGAACACCACUGUA